GGCAAAGAGCAUCGGCCCAUUAAUAUGAACCACUACGCCACUAAGAAGAGUGCUGCUCAGAGCAUGCUAGAUGUGGCCUUAUUGAUGGCCAACUCGUCCCAAUUAAAGACAGUUCUCUACGUUGGGCCUCAGUACAGAUUCUACAUCCCUCUUGUUGUCUUAUUGUCUUUGUCCAUCACGCUGCAAGUCAUCGUUGGCCUAUUGCUUGUCUUUAUAGUGAAGUACGACUUGAAUGAUGUGCGCAAACACGCCAAGUUGAACAGAAUGAACAAUGUGGCAACUGUCUUGGUCUUCUUCACGGUGCUCAUCAACAUUUUCAUAACAGCUCUGGGCUUCGAAGGACACGCUCUCAGACAAUCGCAACAUGGCAUGAUGUUAGAAGCACCACCACAGAUGUCGCCUCAGCAUUCUGAGCUCAACAUGACGACUGCCUUGCAUUGA